AUGGCGUCUGAAGCGGAACUGAUCAGUCUUACCAAGUACACGGUUGGUCCGCCGCUAGCUGGCAUUUUCAUGAAUAUGAUGCUGUACGGUGUCAUGGUCACUCAAACGUUCUUUUACUACUCGACCUACUCACGAGACCAAAUGUGGAUAAAGAUCUAUAUACUAAAACGGGGCAUUCUCGAGGUUGGCGUCUUGUUUCUAGCGGACACAUUAAAUUCAAUCUUUAAUAUGUGGUGGGCAUAUCACGUAUUCAUCAAUAACUUCGGAAGUGUGGACGCAGUCACAAUAGCCAACUGGCGCUACCACCAUUUCAGUCUUCGAGACAGAGGAAGCGAUGGCUUAGCAGCGAUUGGAACCUCCAUCAAUAUUGGUAUCAAACCAAUUAUAACCAACUUCGUUCAUUACAAGGCGAUAGUCAUAGUCUGGUUGGUAUCGUCCACCGUGGCCGAUGUUGCCAUCGCCUUUGCCCUUACUUGGCGCUUGUAUGUACGCCUUCAAUGGAAGAUUGUCAUGGUACUGAUCAAGGUUCUGUUAGUCACAAUGUCUAACGGCUUGUUGAUUGCGGCAUUCGCCUUUGCCGACAUGAUUGCGUUUCUCGCAACGCGCAGUUACGGGAACUCAGCCAUGACUACCCUCAAUUCGCGGGCAAUCUCGUUCUCGUCCGUGGAUAAUGCGAGGGCGAUCAGGAUGUCCUCUGUGCAGGUGGUUGUCAAUGUCGAGACUCACGAGAUAGUCGAUGCUCCCGCAGGACAUGUCAAAACAGAUGAUGAAGAGUGGACCCAUAGUCAAUCGGAAGUGGCCGAGACUAAGGUCCUUGCAAUUUAA